ACGAUGACAGCAGGAGCAGGUCCUGUCCCCUUGCCUUCUCCCAGGUGGGACUGCAGAGAAAUUCUGUUUCACAAGCAGGCACUGAGCCUUCCGUGCUGUUGCAGUUCCUGUUUCUUGUCCUUGAGAUGGGUCGGACGUUUGACUUAUAAGGCUAAUUUAGAAAAUUCAGCUUAGGAGAUGUUUUCUGUUUUCAUUUCUUUUAAGCUGCGUUGUGAAUUGCUAUUUAUGUAUGUAUUCAUUGUUUUCCAAAGGCCAGAAUUUCCUGAUGUCUCUCACAGAAACAAUUACUCAUUUUCAUGAAAAUAGAUGCACUGAAUUGCUACUGUUUGGCUGGCUCUGAUGAUUUUUAUUCAUCUGCCUGACAUUUAUGCUGGUCAUGACUUGGUGUUGCUAAAAGGCAAAGCUGUUUUUGUCUGCUGACACAUGGGUGACUGAGGACUCCCAGAAGAUGGAGAGAUUCCCAGGGUGGUUCUCUUUGCUGUCCAGAAGGGCUCUUGCUGUAACCACCAGAUUUAACAGCACUCCUGCAGAUCCAUGUCACUGUGGGACGAGCCUCUGGCCUUGAAAAGCUUCUUGCAAAGUUGUUUACCACAGACAAUCAGCUAAUCUUGCACAUUAUGGGUUUGUUAUUUAUUGUUUCCCUCUGCUCAACAGUAAGUCAUACCGAAAGGAGAAAAAAAAGAAAGUGGGUUGGUUUUUUUCAUCAUUGGGUGGGGUUUCUUUAGGUUCUUUUGGAUAGAUUUGGUUUUUUUGUUAGGUGAGGUUUGGGUUUUUUUGUCAGUAGAAAAAUUAACUAGACUUAAGGUUGAGAAGCAUUUAAAUACUUUUUUUGCUGUGAACCCAUCUUUUCAAGUCCUCAGUCAGUGUCCUGGGAGGAAAAAGCUCCAUCCUAACAUGGUUAAGGCAUGCUAUGCUAAAAUCUUACAGCUGCAGGCAGAAUUACGAGCAGUGACUCUUUCACUACACUUUUAUCAGAUGAAAAACUUGUUAUCUGAAUACCUUUAAUAUUUUGGAACUUUCAGUGCCACUUGGGCUUUAAAGACAAACAUAAAUCAUGCCCUCCUAGCGCAAGUAUGGUCCUUCUCUCCCUGCUGUGUCUGCUUGAUGCCUCCUCAGAAUAUCCUACUCUGCAAUAGCAAAGAUUUUUCAGUAGGAGCUGUGAUUGUAGUUCAGUGUGCAGAAAUCUGUCUGAGAACUCCUGCUUUGGAGCUGCCUGUGUUAAAAAAAAUUCCUGACCUUCCCAUCGCACUGCUGCCUACGGAUUGCAGCAGCCAUGGAGACCUGAGCCACUGCUGCAGGCACUUGGGAAGAAGCAUGACCAAGAUGAACUACAUCCUGCUGACUGCCUGCAUUGUUCUGAUUGCUUUUUGCGGCUCUGGUUAUACCUUAAGAUGUUACCACUGUGACAACAGCCCUUCCGUGUGCAGGACCAACAGCACCUGCUUAACGACUGAGGACACCUGCUUGCAGAUUAAAUUUGGUAAAUUGAGAACUUUCUCCUGCUGGAAGGCAUCCCAGUGCAGUGUGAAUGAAAUCGCUGAUUUCUUCCAGUUGGAUAAUUUUGAAUUCUUUUGUUGCCAACACGACCUGUGCAAUGAGAGUGCAAUUACUGGGGUUAACAAAGCAGCCUUCAGUAUUGCUUCUGUAAUGGCCAUGUUAUGGAUGCUCCUGUAACAAUCCUCAUUUGUAAGCUGUCCUUUCAAGAUGAAAUUACACAAAACCAUUAACUCUUUUCUAUAUUGCAUAUUUUCAGCUCCUGUCCGUAGGCAGAAACAUUCCCUUGUAAUUUUGUUUCCCAAGGUUCUGUCCGAUAAAUCAUUGUCUCCAUCCAUGGGAAGGAGAUGUGCAUUGUUAUCAGUUAUUGGGUGUUUUGAUCUGUCCCCAUGUUCAUGGGGAAGAUAAGUUCUUGUGAAGUCAUGUUAUCUUGUGGAGAACCUGGGCAAACUCCAGUGGGUGAUGUGAAGGAGAAGGAACACUACAGCCUUUCUGCUGGAAACUGUCAUUUUUUUACCAUCCCAUAAACUCUCAUUAUUUUUGAUUGGCAUUUCUGUGGGUUUUGAUUUGUUUUGCUUUGAAUCCUCCUUGUCACAGACCAAGCAGUGGAUUUGCCCUUAACACAAGACGUGUUGGAUCAUAAGUGCACUUUGCUGCAGUCUUUGUGAUGAAUAUUGAAAUAUUCAGUUUCAAGUCAUGUAAACGCUUUGUUCCCAUCACUGUACCUUUUUUUUUUUUACAAGCCAAUGAUAUAACCUUGUCAAGUGCUAUUAUUUUGGGAGAAAGCAUCUACAUUUCUUAAACCAAAACCAAAAUACUGCUAUAAGUGAGAAACACUUUUCCUUCUUUUUUUUUUUAUAUAUAUAUAUUUCUGUGAGCAUGUAGACAACCUGUGAUAGCUUCUUUUUUUAUUUUCCUCAUACAUUAUCCAUGCCUAGGAUUUUAAGUGAGCAUGUGCUUUGCACUGAGUAUUUAUUGGUAUACUGAAAAUCGAUUAUAAAAUGCUAAGGAGUUGAAAUGGCACAUGUAGGUUACUUCCCCACCUAGUUAGCUUUUGGGUUUUGUUGAAAACAGUGACGUGUAAACUUAACCCUUCAAGCUUCCACCUAGGAGUAUUAAAAUCUUGCAGAACUUUCUUUCCAUAAAUGCCAAUGCACAGUAUAGGUGUGUAUUUAUAUAGCAUGAACAAAACCUGCUCAGUCUGUAGGUGUGAGAGGUCUGGAGCUCAAAUACUGAAACACUUACGUUGCUCUGCUCCGUGGUGGGAGUCAGACCUUGGGACGUCUCUGGUACAUGGGGACCCUCUCAGUCAGGCAGGAUGCCAAAUCCUCUUUCUCUUCUGGAGCUGCUGGCAUAUCCCUGCCAGAGUUGUGUCCAUUGCCAAUGGGAUAUCCUCUUCCUGAGGACCCUCGUGACACCAGUGACACCAGUCCACCAGUCACAACAAGGGUGUUGUUCUGAAUCCCUGAUGUAUUCCACAGUGUACCUUUUGGUUGAGCUUAUUGUAGCUAUGAAAGUGUCCUGGGAUCUCUCCCAUCACUCAAAGUAUGGAAGUUGUCCUGUCUUUGAUUAAUAAAAAUGUCAAAAAAGAAAAA